AUGGAUUCUAAAACCUCAUCAAGUGUUCCCGCACCCUCAGUCAAGGAAAAGCAAUCUUCUCCCACUCGGAAAUCUUCAAUCACUCCUUCUCAUAUCCAAGCUAAGAUCUCUUCUCCAACACCCCAAAAUACACCUUCAGAAAAUGUCUUCCCUCUCGGAAUCGGGAAACGACAUUCCGUUUCCGGAGGGGGAAAACCAAUCAAUGCAGCCAACGCAAUUAUGGGUAUUGGUAGGGGAUUACCUCCUCAUCCUCAUGCUGCAACCCCAGGAAACACAUUGAAUAGUUUAGAAAAGAUCACUAGUAGAAUAGCUAAUCAUUUAGUGGUUGAAGAAAAUCAAGAUGUGAAUGAUAACAAGAUCGCGCCCAGCUACGAAAGUAGUUUUUCUGCUGGAUUAGGUGAUCUCAACCGAAGACUAUCGUCACCAGCAAUUAUCAGAUCACCUUCCAGUCCCAUAGUAUCACCUACUGCUUCUCUUAGCAUGAUCUCAGGGGACCUUCAAAAUGGUUCAUUCAAAAAUGAAUGGCCAACUACGUUCUCAGAUCUGGAUAACGAAGCUGACUCCGUAGAAUCAUCCAAGAACAAAUCCGAGAGAGACAAUAGUGUCCUUCAAAAGAAAGAAUAA